GAUUCACUAGGUUGACAUGAACCACACGCCCAUACUUUGUGUCUCCCCCGUGCCCAUUCACACUUCCAUCGAUCCAUCGGGCAAUCCAUCCAUCAAUUCACACAUCCAUUCAUUCCUUGAAUGCAGCAGUAGCCGCCAUCCCCGCCGCACCAAAGGUCGUGGCGACCUCCCUUGGCAAUGGCCUGUCGACAAAGUCCCUGAUACUCUCGAACAACGCCAGCACAUCCAGGUCGUCACACGUGAUGGUCAGCGACUGGUGGGGAUACAUAUGAAGGACCUCCUCCGAAAACUCCUCGUGUGCCUCAUGCCUCAAAGAAGAAAAACAAACACAAGCGAGACGUAAAGUAGAGAGAGACAUGGAUUGAUGUUGUCCCCUCCUGCCGCCCUAAGAUGGGCCCACCUUUUCGUGACGACGUCGGCGGCAUCGUACUUGGACGUCACCAGGCGGUUCUUCACCGCCCCUUCGGUGGGCAGGUUGUCAGCGUAGUAGAUCUCGCCGGUGAGAGGGUCGUGCAGCCGUUCAGAGAGCCGCUUCAGGGCCGUGUCGAUCUUGACCGACAGGUUGAUGAAGCGGUUGGGCGUCAGGUGGGCCUUGCGCAGGUAGUCGGCCUGCGCGGGGGUCUUGGGGAAUCCAUCUAACACCCAGCCCUUCUUCUCGCAGUCUGGCUGGCGCAAACGCUUGAGCACCGCCUCACACACCAGGUCGUCGCGCACCGGGGUGCCCUCGUUGAGGCUGCCCUUGAGCGCGUGGCUCACCUCGCUCUCGGUGAUGGUGCUGAGGUUGUGCAACACCACGGCCACAUCGACGUGCACCACGCCAUAGUGCUUGGCGAUCUUGGCUGCCUGCGUGGACCGGCCGCUGCCGGCGUGGCCCACAAUCACGAUCCGCGGCGGGCGGAGGGGCGCGUUGCUGUAAGGGCGCAUGCUGAUGUGGGCCUGGAUGCCAGCGAACACCUGAUCAGGCUGGAGAGUGCCGUCCACCUGGUGCACGACAGGCUGGUAGAGGUGCAGGACGCCCAUGAGGUGUCGGUAGUAGUGCUGCAGGCGGAGCUCCACGGCCUCACCCGAGUCGUCUGCAGCCGUGGAGUCGCUCACGUUCUUCUCCUGGAAGCGGCCCCUGACGAUGUUCUCGGGGACGUUGAGCAGGAUGAACUUGUCGGGUAUGAUGCGAUUCAGCUGCAGUGCCUGGGCCUGCACCCGCGUCCUGGGGAAGCCGUCGAGCACCCACCCGCCCUUGACGCCCUCGAGCUCCUUCUUGACCAGGUCGACGACCACGUCGUCCGGCACUAGAGACCCGCUGGCCACCUGCUUGGUGAAGGCCUCCUCAUCCGACUCGGCAAGCGUCUUGCGCAGGAGCUCGCCGACCGCCACGUGUGUGAGGUUGUACGUGUCGGCGAUGCGCUUGGCAUGGGUGGAGCGGCCGGAGCCGGGCGGGCCAAGGAUGAUGAUCUUGAGGGGCUGGGGGUCCUUGAGCGUGUCGAUGAGAAACUUGAGAGGGUCCUCAGGCUGGUGCAGGAUCAGCUCACGCAUCAAAUAGUCAAACAAAUCAUACACCUCCUGCACACACCACACCACAGAGACGCACAAAGACCACGCAGAAAUGAGGGGAGACGACAUGCACUCAGCCAGCCACAUGACAUCUUGGCGCUUCUUGCCUUUGUUUCGAGGUAGUCCAGCGACUCGCGAAGGAACUCCUUCCUCUCUGCACCGUACUCCAUCGCCUACUGUUGCUCAGAUCAAGCAGCACUCAAAGCAGCCGAUGUCUGCAACAGUCCUCCUGGGGGCGGUCACAAGAAUCAGAAGAGAGAGGUUGAUUAUUCCCUGAAAAACACUAUGAAGACCUUCCUCUUCUCUGCGCUCCUGGCACGACGGGAUUUGCAAUGUUUUUU